CCUUCGGCGCGCUCUGCGCGUCGGGCGCGCUCCAGGGCGCCUGCGGCGGCUCCGCGGCGCUGCUGGCCGCGAGCUUCGCCUACGCGAGCCGCGCGGCGCCCGGCGACGACGCGCGCGCCGCCGCGCCGGCGCCGCGCGACGGCGACGGCGCCGGGGCGGACGGCGGCUACGCGGCCCUGGCGCCCGACGACGUCGCGGGCCCCGCGUCGGCCACGCGGACCUUCUCCGCGGCGGCGACGCGCGGCUUCCGCGCCGUCGCCGCGUCGCUGACCGCGAGCCUCGCGCCGGCGGCCGGCGGCUGGGCCGCGGACGCCUACGGCGACGCGCCGGCGCUCGCCGCCGCGGCGGCGCUCGCCGGGCUCGCGCUCGUCUGGGUCGUCGCCGCGCUGCCGCCGACGCGGCGCGCGCGGCCCGCGGCCGCGGCGCCGGGGCUCGCGGACGCCGCCGCGGGCCUGCGGGCGCUCGUCGCGCCGGGCGGCGACGCGCGCGCGCUCGCCGCGGCCUGGGCCCUCGUCUCCUGCAACAACGUCGGCGUCGGGGCCAUCGCCGUGCAGUACCUCGCGCGGCGCUGGUCCAAGGCCCAGGUCGGCGCGUACGUGUCGCUCCUCGGCGCCGCGGCGGCGGUCGGGAACGUGGCGCUGGAGCCGCUCGCGCGGCGCGGCGCGCGGCGGUCGAAGCGCCGCGACGACCGCGACGUCGCCGUCGACCUGUUGCUGGCGCGGCUCGGCUGCCUCGCGUCCGCGCUGCUGUCGCUGGGCUUCGCGACCGUGAAGACGCAGCGCGCGAUGUACGCGUUG